GGCCUCGAAGAAGACGCUUCAUUAAGCUCCCAGCCGCCUUGGUUGCAAGUUGUGUUUUUUCUUUUUCGGCUCGUAGUUCUCCACAGGCAACAUCAACUAAACAAUUCACAAUGACUUUGUCUUCGUUAACCAGCAGCAUCAGUCAUGGAAAGAAGGAAACUAGCAAGGGACUGAAAAUCAACAGCAAGCUGGUUCAGGCCUUGAUCCUUCUGGUAGCCUGCGUUCUCUUCGGUGCCAACUUGAACUAUGCCUCCUUUCCACCUGGCACUGUGCUGGACAUCAAGCUGGGAGAUGUCACCCUCGAGCAGUUUAGCUACACGCCAACCCGCGAUGGAUAUGAGUUCAAUUACACCCUUCCCGAUGGAACUUUCCGGGAUGAGAUUGGCAAAGUGUUGAGCGGCACUUCGGCAGCUCAGGAUCUGGAGAAUGCCAACAACCUGGCCAAGAACCACCGUCCCUCCCGUGAACAGGGUCUGAAGGUACGCAAGCUGUCCGGAAAAUCUCUUUCUUCUCUGGCUGGAUAAGCCAACUUCAGAGAACAUUCCUACUAACAAUCAAUCACGAAUUUAUUACAACAGUUUGCCAACUGUUUUAGGCUAGUGUAUAAGUUGAGAUGUUAAAUUUGCAAGCAAUAAAAAACAUUCGAUCCAAAAUA